GCUGCUAGCUGAAAGUUAAUUGGGCCGAUGGGCUGGGAAAAAGAACCCAAAGCUAGGGCUAGCGCGAAGUGAGAAGGAGAGCAACUCGCGACCUUGACCAGCAAUGACCAAGGCACGUGACCGGAGGAGCUUGAACUGGCAAAGAAACUGAAGAGGGUGAUCGGAGGGCUUGAAGAAGAAAGCGAACGAGAAGCAUCCGAUCAGAGAGCACGAAGCAUAGUGAAAAGAUUUUGGAGUGUUACGGGUAGCCCUACCUCUGAACAAGAAACACAACAACACAGUCGAAGGUAUUGCCUUGACCAAAGAUGGUGCAGUGGCAGAGACACAUUUUUCCCUUUCUUCGCCACAUUCACAAGCGAGUUGUGGAUCAUCACCAUGCCAAUCCUUCAGCUCCAAGCCUUGUCAUUUCUCGCUUAGCCUCUUCUCUUUCACAAGGUCAGAUAGGGAGAAGAGCGUGGACAAUAACGACGCCAACUUUGCCCUGUUUCUCAAGACCUAUUUUUCUGGGUUUCCAACAUCAGGGAAUUUCAAGUACUGCUCCAUUGCUGGCAAAUUCAUCUGAGGAAGCACCUGUUUUGUCACCUUUAGUCCCAGUUUCAUCUUUGGGUGGUUCAAAAGGUGAAGACCAGAAGCAGAAAGCUGUUACUAAGCCAGAAACGGUUCAAGCAAUAUUAAAGGGAAUAAAGCAGAGUCCGAAGAAGGUCAACCUAGUUGCUGCUCUGGUUCGUGGCAUGCUUGUUAAAGAUGCAUUGAUGCAGCUGGAAUUGACAAUAAAAAGAGCAGCAAAAACUGUUUAUCAGGUUAUUCAUUCGGCCCGAGCAAAUGCCUCUCACAAUCAUGGUUUAGAUCCAGAACGUCUCAUCGUAGCGGAAGCAUUUGUAGGAAAGGGGUAUUUCAAAAAGAGAAUUGCCUUCCAUGGCAAAGGAAAAUCAGGGACCAUAAUGAGACCAGAAUGCCGGCUAACAAUUGUAGUGAGAGAGAUAACUCCGAAAGAAGAGGCUGAUAUUGCUAGGUUGAGAGUUCACAACUUUAAGAAACUAACUAAGCGGGAGAGACGACUUGUGCCUCAUCAACUUAUUGAGACCACUCCUGUUUGGGGCCGCAAAAACAAAUCUAGUGGUCAAAACUUGAGUGCUGCACCUGCAUGAGCCUCACUUUGUUUCCAAGUUUUCAUGCUUCAUGGCAUUUUUUGUGUAAUAGAUUAUUCUUGGAGAUUACAUAAUAUGGAAACAAUUGAGAAAUUUGUCUGGCCCUUGUUGCAAAUCAUAGAAAGUUUGUGCCGGAUCAUGUUUAGUAUUUUUGAGAUUGUUGAUAGAGGAAGCAGAGAGUAUUAACUGAAUCCACAAUCUCUAUGAUAUCUGUUUUUUAUUAUGACAAUACAUUGUUAAUUAAAACACACAUGUGUAUGUACUAUGUUAUAUGUGUUAUAUUUGUUUAUGUUCA